ACGUAUCGAUUAGCUAAGCUAGCAUGGACAGAAAGGUACGCAUCAAGCUAGUGAUCCUCGCCGUCGUGCUGGCUGGCCCGGACACUACAAGGGCGGCCGCGCUUGCCGGCGGCACCGACAGCAUCGAUGCAGCGGGGGCGGUGCGGCCUCUGAUGUCAACGUCGUCGUCGUCGUGGAUGAAGCUGGAGGAUGGCGUGGCGCCGGAGCUCUCGGCGGUGACGGCGUUGGACCUGGACGUGCAACGGGAAGUCCUCCGCGGCAUCGACGCGGGAGCGGGGGCCCUGGGCCCCGACAGGCAAGUCUGCCUCAAGAAGAAGAAGUGUCCGGCGCCGGGAGAGCCGUACACGCGGCCCUGCGCCAAAAUCUACCAUUGCCGCCCGUAGUCACUGAAACCUCCUUCCCGCAAUACAGGCCGUCAAUGAAACCUCUUUACUGCACUGCCCGCCGUCCGUCCAGGCAUGUGUGCACUCGCGUUCCAUCUAUCCAUGUUGUAUUUUCAUUUCCAUUUUGCAUACAUUUUCAGCUCCUUCUCGUUGCGAUCGUGCGCUCCACAUCUUGAAACGUAAACUUGUCAUCGGGCAAGCUCGAUCGUUGUACAAACAAUUGCGCGAACGUCAAGUGGCAGUGAUGAUGAGUCGAAAAUGAAGGUUCUCU